UUUCUGACGUGCCUCAUCACCUAACUGACGGAGGAUGAUUCAACGGUGGCUGCACAAGUGAUAGUAUCAGGCCACUUGACUUUAUAUUAUCAAGUCUAUACGAAUGUACUUUCCGACAGCGACAGCAAGACGCUUGUCAACUGUCCCUGGACUUCCUAAUAUCCCACCCGAAGCAACACUCGCAAUCUCUCCUAGUCCGCGUAAAUCAUUAUUUUGUUCCAUUACUCGAAACGGAUUAUCAGUCUGGCGUGUUAGGGCCCCAGCAGUCUUAGCUUUUCUAUCGCGCACUCCUACUUCUAUUAUCGAACAUGGCGAGAAUAAACAACCACAUUGGUCUCUAGACGGUCGCCGAAUAGUUAUACAGACUACGGAAUCCUACCUCGUGGUGGUGAACAUCACAUACCAUUCCGAUGAAUAUGUAUAUCAGUUUCAACAACCUACUUCCUCGCAAAAAACUUUCCUUCCAGGUCCCGGCGAGGGCUUUCCGUUGAAUGGUGUUCAUUUACAAUUGGAAGGUGUAAUACGGAUAGAGGGAAAUCUUGUGAGUCUUUCUCCGCGCCAGGAUUACAUCCUAUUCUCCACGAGAACACCCCCUGCUGUCCAAUGUGUUCCUUGGCCUUCUGAAGACGAUGAUGGGGGUUUUGAUGAUGAAAUUACACGUUGGCGACACAAACUCAACUCGCAUGAUAACUGGGUCAUCAACGAACGGGACUUCGAUUGGUUGAUCGAUUCCAAAGUCGUGGUUUCAACCCUGUCGUUGUCCAAGUCAACGGGGGUAGAGACAUGGAUUACCUCUGACGGGCGAGCCUACAUCGUUAGGCUGACCGAAGACAACGAAAAUGUGGUUCCAUCUGCAAAUACAGAGCCAACAGAUGAGCCGGCUGACGAGCUUGGAGCUACUGACCUUCACAACAGUUGGCGGGGAACUUGUAUCCACGACUUUGAAAGUCCGCGUUGUGUACAAAAGCAACGUCGAGUAGAGCCUGAUACCCCCUUGCAUGAGCGCAAUCGCCCUGUCUAUAUCGAUCCCCAGCAUGCUGUGAAAAUUGCUAUCAACGGCAGGUUUUCUCUGAUAGCCAUCGGAAUGCACGGAGGGGGUUUAUCUUUUACCAAGUUUCCAUCACAAGAAGGGGUUAUACCUUCUUCUCAAAGGAUACCAAUACCGGUGUCACCCAAUGAAGAGACCGGCCCUGUAUGUUCUAUGGAGUGGAGCUCGGAUGGACAUGUUCUGGCUAUUGGAUGGCAGCAUGGUUGGGGCAUUUUUACGUCAGGUGGAAGAUGCCUGGUCGCCGCUUUUGGUGUAGAAGAACAUGUCGACUUGAAGAGAUUUCAGGAUAUAUUCAUGCAUGGUGUACGGAGCCUUUUCUGGGCCCCAGGAAAUUUUGAACUCAUAGCGCUUGCCCAACCUAACCUAUUGCCUACCACGAUCGAAGGACAACUAUUCAUUAUUCCUUUCGCUAAGAGCGCCGUUACCGGCCAACAUUCACCUGAUAACACACGUUAUGCGUUCUUGCAGAUGGACGAUCGUGCUUUGGUUUAUCGCGGUGCUGACCAGCCAGAUAUGAGUGUCAUCAAUCCAGAAUCGGACGUAUGGCAACCUAUAAAAAUUCCACAGAAUUAUCUAUCUACGAAUUGGCCGAUACGGUAUUCGUCUAUCAGUAGUGAUGGUCGGCUGAUAGCCAUAGCCGGACGGAGGGGGCUUGUACACUACAGCACUAGCUCCGGUCGCUGGAAAACGUUUGCAGACGAUGCUCAAGAACAAGCAUUCUCUGUGCGAGGAGGGCUUUUGUGGUUCCAUCACGUCUUGAUUGCUGCCGUCGAAGUCAACAAAUCGUAUCAGAUUCGAUUAUACUCUCGUGAUUUGGAACUCAGUAACCAGAACGUGCUCCAUCGAGAAGUUCUCUCGGCGCCAGUCGUGGUACUCUCGCUGGUGGACAAUUCCUUACUGGUUUACACAUCCGACAACACUUUGCAUCACUACUUGAUAGUGCCAACUGCCGAAACAAUCAAACUGCAUCUGUGUGGAUCUAUUUCUUUCGAGGGCGUCAUCGUAGCACCUGGUGCUGUCAGAAUGUUGAGUUGGAUGGUUCCAACCGCACAGAAGCAACUUGGGGAUCCCGUGGAUGACUUUACUGUUGCGACUGUCUUGAUGGUUGUUGGAGGGCAACUUGUUCUCCUUCGACCUCGUAAGUCGGCAGAUCAGGAGGUUCGAUAUGACAUGCAGAUCUUCGCCGAGCACGUCGAGUUUUGUUGGAUUCACUUAAGGGGAAUCCGUGCAUUAGAAAACUCGCUUUGGGGUUUCGAUGGUAAAAAGAUGCGAGUUUGGCUUAACGCACUUACCAUGGAUCAGGCUACGAACGGAGACCAUGAAAAUGUAGAGGAGAGCUUGGCGAUUCCUUUGGAGUUUUACCCCUUGUCUGUUCUAAUGGAUAAGGGUAUUAUUAUCGGUGCGGAACACGAAAUAGCGACGCGUGGAAAUCUCUCCUUUGCAAUGUUCAGGCACGGCACUAGCUCUCAAUUAUUCCUCCACUACCUUCUUCGAUGCCAUCUGGAAGCAGGACAACUUAGAGAAGCUGUCGUCUUUGCCAUGAACUACCAAGGCCUGGUCUACUUUCCGCAUGCCCUCGAAGUUUUAUUACACACGGUCGUCGAACUGGAGUCCAACGUGGAAGAAGAGACUGAGUCAGCCGUCUCUUUGCUAUCGAUAGUUGUCGAAUUCCUGGAUCACUUUGACGUCGCUUUGGAAGUGGUAGUAGGUUGUGCUCGGAAAACGGAGAUGACCCGAUGGCCCCAUCUUUUCAGCAUCGUUGGAAAUCCUAAAUCAUUAUUUGAGACAUGCCUUUCCUCUGGACGACUCAAAACAGCUGGCUCAUAUCUACUCGUUCUCCACAACAUGGAACAAUUAGACGAGAACAAUGACGAUGCUAUCAGACUGUUGAACAGUGCGGUCGACGCCAAAGACUGGCAGCUCUGUCGUGAAAUCUUGAGGUUCUUACGGUCUAUUGACGAAUCUGGGGCUGCGCUGAGGCAUGCCCUUACCGAGACCAAUUUGGAUGGUGGUCUGGUGGAUUCUUCAUCUACGACAGUGGAGCUUCAGACAGAAUGACAGCGGCACCUUCUAGUUAUUAUGACACCUUCGUAUGCAUGUUAUAUUUCGAAUUUAUUGAGUAUCUGUAGACAUUUGUUUUGAUAGAGGGAGGCCCGUUUCAGAGGAAGAUCGUGCCAAC